AUGGAAAAUCAAAAUUUGUCGCAUUUAUUAAUUAAAAAUCCAUCGAUUUAUUUCUUACCUGGUGUUACUUCUCAAUCGAUCGAUACUUGUUUUCGUUUACUUGAAGAUAAUCAUCAACAUUAUCAUGUCUUUUUUAAUAAAGAACAUGCCUUUCAUAAUCAUACUUCACAUCAUCUUUUAGCUGCUUUAGGUUUUGGUGCGUCAUCAAAGGUAUUAGAACGUAUUUAUAAUGAACAAAAGAAACAACAAAUGCCCAUUGAACCUCUUCAUAAAAAGGAUGAAUUUGAUGUGAAAAAAUGUAUGGGUAAUGAUAAUUAUUAUCAUGAUUAUUUGGAAUUCUUUCGAAAUGAAUUGGAAAGUAAAAAAUAUGAAAAUAAUAUUGAUGAAAUGAUCGAAGAUUACUUGUUUAAUAAAGAUUAUCUUGUUCAUUUCCUGUCAGGUGCUUUUCAUUCAUUUAUUCAUCUCGGAUAUGCUCUUGAAUUUCAAUCAAAACUCAUGGCAAUUGAAGAACAUUUGAAUUGGAAUAAAGAUGGAAAUAAAACAGCUCUCGAAAUCAUUGAAUUAAUUAGUCAAGAUCAACAAUUUGCCAAUAAAUUGUUUUACAAAAAAGGUGAUUUUGGUUCAAAAGUGGCUGAAUUGUUAGACGAACAUGUUGGUUCAUUAAUUGCUGAAUAUGCUCAAAUGUGGAAAUGUGAUUUAAAUGAUUUAAGAAGAGCUGAUAUUCUCAUCAAUGCAGGUGUUCUUCGUCGAAAGAAACAAGCUCGUCUUGAUUUCUUUCUUAUGCAUGCAACAACCAGUUCAUUAUUUUUAGAUAUUUUUGUUCAUUCAUUUAAAAACAAAGAAAAUCAAUCAAAGUUUCUAAGAGCAAAAUUUGCAACUGAUCUUGUUUAUUACAUUGCACGUGGUCGACCGAAAUUAGAUUUGAAUUAUCUAUUUAAUGAUUAUCAAGUGUCAAAAGAACAUUUAUAUUCCGACACUCACAAUCCAUGGUUACCUUUAAUUGAAAAAUCUUUGACACAUCCAGAUGAACAUGUAAUGAAAUCGAUUCGAGCAUUGGUCUAUGCAGAAAAAUUCGAUUUGGCAGAAGACAAAGAAAAAAUUCCAUAUCUGAAAAUUGCUCAAAUGACUAUGGAUGUAAUGUUUCCAUUUAAUGAAAAGAAUUGGACUCAUGAGGGAAUUGGAUGGGACGAAUUUUGGAAAACUGUACCUGACUUAUAA